AUAGAUUUUGAUAUUGGUGAGCCAUUUGUUCGCCGGUUACGAUGUUUGAAUUUAAUUUUUUUUCUUUUAAGAAAGAAACGCACAAAUUCAAGAAAGCAUGGGUUUGUAACUGCACAAAUUUAAUUUUUUGAAAAAUGGUGGAUUCAUAACCGAUUGGUCACAAAUGAUUUGCAAUUAUUUAAUUAAAAUCUCCAACACAUUCUAGAGCAAGAAAUGAACACUAACACCGCGCCGUUCGUGGCAUGGGUGGGCGAAGCAACGGUGUACUACGCCGUGCUGCUUGAGUCAAUCGACUCGAUCGUGGUGAGAGAACAAUCGAAGAGAGCAAAAGUAGAGGAGGUAGUGAGUCGCAGAAUCACAAACUCGGUUGCGUGCGAGGGUAGGGACACUGUUGAAAGAUGCGAGGUGUUCGGGAAGUUGUAGGCCUGGAUGGGCAUGGCUAGGUUCAAGUUAAAAGCCACUGCGUCAAAACGUGGCCGAGUCAAUACGAAGCGAACUCAACUUCGGCACCUGUGUCCAGUCUGGGCUUCACCGUCAAAGUAUGGGUGGACACUCACCGUUGCGUCUGCUUGGCGUUAACUUCGCUUUUACUCUCAAAAUGUUGUCAUUAAUUAAUUGCUACAUUUUGA